CUCUCAUAGAGUUAUACUAGUACCCGGGCUAGUGUAUCUCUCUGGCAUCUCCUGGAUCUGACCUGCUCGCAAGGGGACUGCAAGAUGUCUAAAGGGACAGAUGUUGAAAAAAGAAGUAAGAGGAAACGGAAGGGAAGCGUCACUCAUUCUCUCCUGGAUGGGCUCAUUAGAAGUAACACUCAUGUGAAUGCAGAGUCUUCAUUUGGUGCUAACGGUGUGAGGAUGGAGGUGUUCCCAGAGAGCAGUGAGACUGGAAUCCUUUAUCUGAACCCUCAAACACCAAACUGUACCCUUGUGGAGAAGUUUGCCGGGCUUUCACCGGGAGAAGAAACUGAAAUCCAGGAUGAGCAAGAACACAAUGGGGCAUUGCUACAAUGCACUAAAUACACCGAGACCAAUGCCACAUAUAAACCUAACGAAGCGCUAGAUGCUGUGAAACAGAAUGAAAGGAGCCGCUUUAAACAGCUGAGCCAAAGUGAUGCCUCUGACACACAGAGGCUGGGGUUAAAUAGUGAGGAAUCGUCUCCGAGCGAAAGUGAGGAAAAGAUUAAAAACCUGAAUGUGAAUAGUCCUUCGGUUAUGAAAUUACUUAAAAAGUGUAAAGAUGACAAAAUCCCUCGACUUUUGGUAGCAAUGAAGAAACGCGGUGGAGUGGACACGGACUCAGAGGAGCGCCCCUUUAAGUGCACCCACUGCCAGUGGGCUUUCAAGAAGCUGUGCAACCUGCAGAGUCACUUACAAACACACACAGGCCUCAAGCCACACGUGUGUGACAUAUGUGGCAAGGCUUAUUCUCAUCAGGGCACACUGCAGCAACACAAGCGUCUGCACACGGGUGAAAGACCAUACCACUGCCCCUUCUGUGUCAAAACCUAUAUCUGGUCCUCAGAUUACCGUAAGCACAUCCGCACGCACACCGGUGAAAAGCCCUACAUCUGUGACAGCUGCGGCAAGGAUUUCAUCCGCUCCUCAGACCUGCGGAAGCACGAACGGAACAUGCACACCAACGACAAGCCCUUCCCGUGCACGCACUGCGGCAAGACCUUCAAUAAACCCCUCUCCUUGAAGCGUCACGAGCGCAAGCACCUGGGGGAAAGACCCUUCUCCUGCCCCGACUGUGGGAAAAGGUUUGCCCUGGCCAGCCGUAUGAUGGAGCACCAGAAAAUCCACAGAGGAGUGCGUCCCUUUGUCUGCUCCGUGUGCUCCAAGUGUUUCACAAAGUCCUCCAACCUGACUGAGCACGAAGCCAUUCACAGCGGCGUGCGGCCCCAUAAGUGCACCGAGUGCGGCAUGGCAUUUGCCAUGGCUUCCCGCCUUGUUCGUCACCAGUUCAUACACAGUAAAGAGAAACCCCACAGCUGCACGGGCUGCAGCAAGAACUUCAGCCACCCGACAAAACUGAAACUUCACCAGGAGCAAAACUGUGCAGGGAGGAUUUUUGUCUGCACGCAGUGCGACAAAUCUUUCCAGUGUGCUACAAAACUUGCAGAGCAUGUGCAGAAACACGGAGAUGAAAGCGUCUGAGCCUUUUAAUGACAGGAAUUGUGCGUAUCCAUCACUAAGCUAGAGCUGUGUCAUUUCAGAUAUUAGGUUCCAGAAACAUCAGACACAUUCAAGGUCAUAGGGCACCACUUUAUAUAUGCUAAUGUUCAACAUUUAGUGAGAAUAUAUGAGCUGUAAUGCAUUCACUUGCCUUCCCCGGGGUGCUGGGUUCCCAUGAGAAUGUCUUGGGAUAAAAAUUACCACCAGCGCAGCACUGACACUGGAGCUGACAGUUUAAUGGUGUGAUAUGAAACUCGUUAAAAGAGCACUGAACCCUUUUUUAAAACUGUGAAUACACCAGAAAUGUAAUUAAUGCUACGCACAACAUAGCAGUAUUACAUUUAAGACUUUUUCACUCUUGCACUGCAUCACUGAACUUCACAUGUCCCAAAGGAAGUGCUGGUGGAUGUGUAGAAGUCCUCUGCAGUCAGACUGGACAGUGCAUGUCUUUAGCGCCCUCAUACUGAGUCACUGUAAUGUCCAUUUGUGCCCACCUGAGAACAGCACAGGUGAUCGUUGGUGAGUUGCUGACUCCAGGAAGCGCAUCCCUGCUUAUGCUUUGUCUGUCAGAAAGGCCCAUCCCCUUCUGAGCUUACACACACACACACACACAGAAAUGUACUACCUCUCUGUUUCAGCUGUGGCAGAAGCCAAACACACGCUACAUACAUCAAAUGAUGUUCUCAAACCACCUCAGGUGACAUCAGGACUUUUUCCUCAUGUGCGUUAUGUUUUUAAUUCUCGGGUAAUAGUUUACAAACAAACAGCAAU